CGCGAGGCGGCCAUGGCGACUUUCUUCGGGGAGGUGGUGGUGGCCCCGUCCCGGGCCGGCCUGGACGAGGAGGAGGAGGCGCGGGAGGAGACGCCCGAGGACCGCGAGAUCCGCAGGGAGAUCGAGAAGAAAAGGGAGAUCCAAGUGCUGUGGAGCUGUGCUGAGGAGUCCCUGGUGUGCUCCAGAUUCAUCGUGGCCAUCGGCAGGAACGCUGCGGCUUUCCUGUCAUCUUUUAUCCUGGACUCUGUGUGCUGGGAAGUGAUUGGAGUUGUGAAGCUGUGGAAUGAGUGGUGCAGAACAUCCAGCAGCACAAAUGUCCUCCCCACAGACUCUUUCUGCUUGUUCUACAGAUUGAUAUCAGACCCCACAGUUUUAUUGUGCCAGUGUAGUUGCUAUGUGGCUGAGGAUCAACAGUUCCAGUGGCUUGAGAAGGUUUUUGGCUCCAUGCAGAAGAAAGGCUUGCAAGUCACCAUCCUUUCCACGUGUCCUGUAGCUGAUUAUAAAACUCAGGAAUCCACUCUGACCCUUGUGUCUCCAUUCCUGAAAGCCUUGAAGACCAAAGAAUUCCAGGAGCAGGUCUGCUGCCCACUGCUGGAGCAGCCCAACAUUGUGAGGGACCUUCCUGCUGCUGUGCUGAGUUACUGCCAGGUGUGGGACAUCCCUGCAGUGCUCUACCAGUGCUACACUGAUGUCAUCAAGCUGGACACAGUCACCAUUGAAGCCUUCAAGCCUCUGCUCUCUUCUGAGCUCCUGAAGAGUUUAGCCAAGGAUGCCUCUGAAAGCACAAAGAUCCUGAAGAAGUUCCUGACAGCCAGUGAAACUCACAAUAACAUCUACAUCUGACAAGGACAGUUGUGCUGCACUUUGUAAACUCCAGUUUCUUCUCUUGAGGACUCCUGGGAUUUUAUUUUUUUUCCUUUAAUAGUAGAAUAAAUUUCAGUAGAUUUUUUUA